CAGUCAGAAAGGGGUAAGCUGUGCCAAUUCUUGUCUCGGGGCUCUCCAGCAAAAUCUGGUUUGUGAUCCAGAAAUCCGGACAAAUUAGAAGCAGAAGUCUAAGGAUUAUAAUAACCCACAGUGAACGCAAGGAAAACAUGUCCCUUCAGCCAUCAAUUCUGACCUGCCUUUUCCUGCUCACCUCUGGAACCCACGAAUUUUUCCUCAAAGCAAAUUAUUCUAGAAGCUAUCCCUGUGAUGUGAAAAGGCAAAAUAGCUCUGUGAUUGCAGAAUGCAAUGAUCGUCGACUGCAAGAAGUUCCCCAAACAAUAGGAAACUACGUGACAGAACUAGAUUUAUCUGACAAUUGCAUCACACAUGUAACGAAUGAAUCAUUUAAAGAGUUGCAAAACCUCACCAAAAUAAAUCUCAACCACAAUGCCAAUCAACAGCACCAGGAUGAAAAUAAAGACAGCAUGAAUAUUACAGAUGGGGCAUUCCUCAACCUAAAAAUCCUAAAGGUAUUACUGCUUGAAGACAACCAGCUACGUAAUAUGCCCACUGGCUUACCCAAGUCUUUGACAGAACUUAGUCUCAUUCAAAACAAUAUAGCUUUGGUAACUAAAAACAAUACUAUGGGGCUUGUGAACUUGGAACGUCUUUACUUGGGCUGGAACUGCUACUUUGUUUGCAAUAACACCUUUGGCGUGGAAGAUGGGGCAUUUGAAAAUCUUACAAACUUGAAGAUACUGUCACUAUCUUUUAAUAACGUUACCCAUGUGCCACCCAAACUACCAAGCUCCCUAACGGAACUUUUCCUGAGCAAUGCCAAGAUAAAACACAUCACUCAAGAAGAUUUCAAGGGACUGAAAAAUUUAAGAUUACUAGAUUUAAGUGGAAAUUGUCCGAGGUGUUUCAAUGCACCAUUUCCGUGUACGCCUUGUGACGAAGGCUCAAUUACUAUAGAUCCUAAUGCUUUUCAAAGCCUGACUGAACUUCGCUACUUAAACCUAUCUAGCACUUCCCUCCGGAAAAUUCAUCCUACCUGGUUUGACAAUAUGCAUAAGCUGAAGGAGCUGCAUCUUGAAUUCAACUAUUUGAUGGAAGAAAUUGCCUCUGGGGAAUUUUUAACAAAACUAUCCAAGUUGCACAUCCUUGAUUUAUCUUUUAACUAUAAAAAUAAAGAGUAUCCACAAUAUAUCAAUAUCUCCAAAAAUUUCUCUAUGCUUCGGUCUCUUAAGGCACUGCACUUGAGAGGUUAUGUGUUCCAAGAACUUAAAAAGGAACAUUUCUCUCCGCUCAAGGAUCUUCCACAUUUAACUACUAUCAACUUGGGUAUUAACUUUAUUAAGCAAAUUGAUUUUACCCUUUUCCAAGAUUUUCCCCAUCUGAAAAUUAUUUACUUAUCAGAAAACAGAAUAUCACCUUUGGUAAAUGAUAUGAAGCAAAAUUUUACAAAUGGCUCCUCUUUCAGACAUCAUAUCCUUAAGUCACGAUCAACAGAUACAGAGUUUGAUCCACACGCAAAUUUUUAUCACAAUACCAGACCUUUAAUAAAGCCACAGUGUACUCGUUAUGGCAAUGCCUUGGAUUUAAGUUUAAAUAGUAUAUUCUUUAUUGGGAAGAAGCAAUUUGAAGGUUUUCAGAACAUCAGCUGUUUAAAUCUAUCAUCCAACGGCAAUGGCCAAGUGUUGCGUGGCACAGAAUUUUCAGCUGUACCCCAAAUCAAAUAUUUGGAUUUAGCCAACAACAGAUUAGACUUUGAUGAUAACAAAGCUUUCGACGACUUGGACAACUUAGAAGUGCUAGAUCUUAGCCACAAUUCACACUAUUUCAGGAUUGCAGGAGUCACACACCGUCUAGGAUUUAUUCAGAAUUUAGCACACCUCAAAGUUUUAAACCUGAGCUACAAUAGCAUUUACACUCUAACAGAGGACAGUCCACUGAAAAGCACAUCCUUGGAAGAACUAGUUUUCAGUGGAAACCGCCUGGACUUUUUGUGGCGUGCAGAUGAUAACAGAUACUGGUCCAUUUUUAAAUGUCUUUAUAACCUGACAUUCCUGGACUUAUCUUACAAUAACCUUCAACAAAUCCCAAAUGAAGCAUUCCUUAACUUGCCCCAGAAUCUUGUGGAACUACAUAUCAAUGAUAAUAGGUUACAUUUCUUUAACUGGUCAUCACUCCAGCAUUUUCCUCAUCUCAAGUUGCUUGACUUACGCAGAAACAAACUGUAUUUUUUAACUAAUCACCUAUCUAAAUUUACAUCUCUGCAGACGCUGCUGCUGAGUCAUAACGAGAUUUGUCACCUGCCCUCUGGCUUCCUCUCUGAAGCCAGUAGUCUGGUGCACCUUGAUCUAAGUUACAACCUGAUAAAGAUGAUCAAUAAAUCCACAUUGCAGACUAAAACCAUCACAGCUUUAUCUAUUUUGGAACUAGGUGGGAACCCUUUUGACUGCACCUGUGACAUUGGAGAUUUUCGAAGAUGGAUGGAUGAGAAUCUGCAUAUCACAAUUCCUAGACUGGUAGAUGUCAUAUGUGCCAGUCCUGGGGACCAAAGGGGGAAGAGUAUCAUGACUCUAGAGCUCACAACUUGUGUUUCAGAUAUCAUUGCAGCAGUCCUGUUUUCCUUCACAUUCUUUCUCACCUCCAUGGUUAUGUUAGCUGCCUUGGUUCACCAUCUCUUUUACUGGGAUGUUUGGUUUAUCUAUAACAUGUGUUUAGCUAAGGUGAGAGGCUACAGGUCUCUUUCCACAUCCCAAACAUUCUAUGAUGCUUAUGUUUCUUAUGACACCAAAGAUGCCUCUGUUACUGACUGGGUAAUCAAUGAGCUGCGCUACCAUCUUGAAGAGAGUGAAGACAAAAAUGUCCUCCUUUGCUUAGAGGAAAGGGAUUGGGACCCAGGAUUAGCCAUCGUCGAUAACCUCGUGCAGAGCAUAAACCAGAGCAAGAAAACAAUAUUUGUUUUAACCAAACAAUAUGCCAAGAACUGGAGCUUUAAAACAGCUUUCUAUUUGGCCUUGCAGAGGCUAAUGGAUGAGAACAUGGAUGUGAUUAUCUUUAUCCUCCUAGAGCCAGUGUUACAGCACUCGCAGUACUUAAGACUGCGGCAGAGGAUCUGUAAGAGCUCUAUCCUCCAGUGGCCAGACAACCCCAAAGCAGAAAGCUUGUUUUGGCAAAGUCUGAAAAAUGUGGUCUUAACCGAAAAUGAUUCACGGUAUAACAAUUUGUACAUUGAUUCCAUUAGGCAGUACUAAUGCUGGGAAGUCAUGAUGACUCCACACUGUUAUAAAAACACAAAGUUUCUCUUUGCAAUGAACUGCAGUGAGUGCAGAGACCCAUCGUUGCUCAAGGUGUGCAGAGUAAGCAAUAGUUGAGUGUUCAUCCCUAAAAAGGACACUUAAACAUAUCACCUUCUCCAGGGCUCAGGUCAUUAUGUAGAAUAGGGGGUGGAAGAUAGGGAGAAGGGCUGGAAAAUGCUGACUUCUGAGCAUGACACAGCCAUUACAGUCAUGAUCUCACAGCAGCUAAGUUUGCCUCCACUGGGUCUGCAUAAGACUGGGUUUCUCAUCAGUCAAUCACGGUCAGUUGAGGGACUCAUGGGGCCAUACUCCACCCUACUGAACUAUAGGCUACUGUGGAUGCUAGGAAUGAGCCAGUCACUAUCUUCAAUUGUGUGGGUACUGGUGAGUACAGGAGGUGUUAAUGGAUGUUUCUAAACCCAUGGUCACAUAGACAUUCCUGGUUGAACUCAGUGGGUCACAAAACAAAAGAAAAAAACAUGAAUGUGAGAAAGGUACUUUUAAGGAGAAGGGGAAAUUGGUUGGGGCCCUCUGCUGCAGGGUCUCUCAGAGACUUCACUAAGGAGGCCAUUCUUAAGCACGUAUUCCUUAAGUUUAGAUCUACUUCUAAGCUCACCCCCACAUGAUUUUCCUUAAGAUUCAGUUCCUCCUGGGUGUUAGUCAAUGGCUGCUCUCAGCUGCCUGCUACGUGGACCACUCCCACAAGGCAGCUUGCUUCAUGAAAACUGGAGAGAGAGAGAGAGAGAGAGAGAGAGAGAGAGAGAGAGAGAAUACUAGCAAGAGUAAACCAUAGUUUUUGAAAUCUGACCCAACAAAUUAUAGCCCAGCACUGUGCCCAUAUUCUAUUUGCUGAAAGUCAACCACAGAUAUUACCAGUUUCAGGGAAUAAACAUGGCAAUUCAGGGAAAGCUGAUAAAGACUAAGGUUUGUAAGCAUCUUGUCUCAGUGAGUCACCAACCAUUUCCUUGGACUGAGAUUCAGGGACAGCCUGCCAUUUUUGUCUUAGAUUGUCAAUACUUGGAAAGUGAGAUCAUUGUGGGCCAUGUUAUUGGGCAGUCUACCUCACCUGUUUCUCAAUAGCAAAGAACUUUUGCCAAUAUAACUACCGAUACUGAUAUUAAGAUGUUGCUUAUAUCAUAAUAUAUCCAUGCCUAUGGGGUUAUAUUAUACUGUGAUUGUGGGGACCUAAUAGCCCCACCUUGCAUAGGUCCAAAGGAAGUUACUGGGGGUGUGGCCUGGCUUGCUUUGAAAGUCUGAA